CCCGUUGGCGGGCGCCGGCCCCGGGGCCUCCCCGCGGCCCGGCGGCAGCUCAGUCUCCCGCUUCGCUUGCGGACUGCCUUCGGGUCAUUCUCAGAGCUCUCCCGAGCGGGCAGCGGGCUCGUCUACUCUCUCAGCCCUCCUUGACUUUUUUUGAACUUGGUACAAGUUGAACAAGUCUUUCGGAAAAAGCCUUAUUGCUCUGAUGAGUGUGAUCCUCUCUAUUUGAGAAGAAAAACGAGAAGAUAAAUAAAGAAGACGACGGGGAAGGAGCAAAGCAUUGAUUACAUAUGUCUUAAUAAUGAGCAAAUGUGGCAGGAAAAAAUAUAUUAAUACAAAUCUAAGACAAAUGACCAUGGAAGCAAUUGAAUCUCAGCAGGAUGGAGGCGUAGCAGAUCCUGUGGCAGAGAGCAAAUCUGCUGAUAUGCAGACCCAAACCAUGCAAAACUCAAUCCCUGUUUUAGCUCAGGUUUCUGUAGCUGGAUCAGGCACCCGAAGAGGCUCCCCCACUGUAACUCUAGUGCAGUUACCUUCGGGCCAAACUGUGCAUGUCCAGGGAGUAAUUCCAACACCGCAGCCAUCGGUCAUUCAGUCACCACAAAUACAGACUGUUCAGGUAGCAACAAUUGCAGAGACUGAUGAAUCUGCAGAUUCAGAAGGUGUGAUUGAUUCUCAUAAACGCAGAGAAAUCCUUUCACGAAGACCCUCUUACAGAAAAAUACUGAAUGAACUUUCCUCUGAUGUGCCUGGCGUUCCCAAAAUUGAAGAAGAAAAAUCAGAGGAAGAAGGCACACCCCCUAACAUCGCGACCAUGGCAGUACCGACUAGCAUAUAUCAGACUAGCACGGGGCAAUACAUUGCUAUAGCCCAAGGUGGAACAAUCCAGAUUUCUAACCCAGGAUCUGAUGGUGUUCAGGGGCUGCAGGCAUUAACAAUGACAAAUUCAGGAGCUCCUCCUCCAGGUGCUACAAUUGUGCAGUACGCAGCCCAGUCCGCUGAUGGCACACAGCAGUUCUUUGUCCCGGGCAGCCAGGUUGUUGUGCAAGAUGAGGAAACUGAACUUGCCCCAAGUCACAUGGCUGGAGCCACCGGUGACAUGCCGACUUACCAGAUCCGAGCUCCUACUACCGCUUUGCCCCAGGGAGCGGUGAUGGCUGCCUCGCCAGGAAGUCUGCACAGCCCCCAGCAACUGGCAGAAGAAGCGACCCGCAAACGAGAGCUGCGGCUAAUGAAAAACAGGGAAGCUGCUAAAGAAUGUCGUCGUCGGAAGAAAGAAUAUGUAAAAUGUCUGGAGAGUCGCGUCGCAGUGCUGGAGGUUCAGAACAAGAAGCUCAUAGAGGAACUUGAAACGUUGAAAGACAUUUGCUCUCCCAAAACAGAUUAGUAGAAAUAUUUAACUAUGAACUGAUUACAACAUGUACAGUUGCUUUUGAAGGCAAUACAAUAUAUAGCCGGCAAGAAUUAUGGCUUUUUUCCUUUGUAUCAUUCAUCAUAUUCUCUAACCUCUGACAUUCCUAAAAUGCCUCACUGUACGUAGUUAACUAUUAGCUGUAACUUCAAUUUUUUAAAAGCGACAAGCUAUAAAAAAUGUACAUUACAAAUUCUUAAAAUGCAAUAUUUGUAAGACUUGUUCCAAUGCCACAUAUUUGCAGUUCCUAACCUCUGUGUCAUGAAUAGUGUCCUAUGCAAUAAAACUUUUUUGCAGGUCUUUGAAAAUCAGUGCAGGAGAGGAUGAUCAAGACAAUGCAUCCAGCAGUACAGUAAGAGCAAACUACAAAAAAAAAAAAAAUACCUCAGGAAAGAAUUGAAAGAAAGAAUUGAAAGAAUCUAAUGAUAUGCCUAUAUGAAAAUAAUAGCCUAUAAAUGAAUUUCUGGCAUUUGCAGAUUUUUAUAUUUGUUGCUUUGUAAAGAAAAUAUUGUAUUGCUGUCCUUGAAUGCCAUAGUUGAAGAGAGUUUUUAAUAGAACCAUGUUGGUUACACUUUGUAGUGUUUGGUGCUCAUUUAUCUGAACAUUUACUACAGUUUUUACUCUAUUGUGUAAUAUAAAAGAUCUUGCAGAAGUUCUUAGUGUCGGUUUGAAAUGAUUGAGCCUAAUGAAAGGUAUGACAAGUUUUUAAUAUCUGGAAUGCGUUAAAAGUUAACGUUAAACUUGUAUCCGCGUACCUUCAAGUGUAUGGGAGCCAGAUUCUACAGUGGGUCAUGCUCUUUGCAGAUGCCCUUUGCGCCAUCCCGUCAGUGGAAUGGCCCCAGAGCUGCUAACCAGAAGAGGGGCUGCUAAAGACUCAGGCUUUGCGCUGGAGUAGGCCUCUCUGCAGAUGGUCUGGAAGCCUAUUGUUGGCCCCCAGUUGUGAGUUUGAGCUAACAGCUGUAGGAGUUUUAAAGUAAAAACAAAAACAACCUAAGAUUCCCUUUCAAAACAGCUUGAAGUCUGCACCAGAUCAAAGAUUUUUUUGUCAGCACAUUCAGAUGAAGUUCAUUACCAGUGUUAUUACUGGUAUUUACAUUUCGUUCUGUUUUUAUAAUAAAAAACCUUCAAGGUAUAAGCCCAAAGCCCUACUUGUAAGAUGCUGUGUCAUCUCUCAUUCACUUCUGAGACAUUUGUUGAAUGCCUGCUAUGUGCUAGACUCUCAUAACUUAUGUCCUCUCCUAACUUCUGAUUUGUUCAGGAUGCCCCUCAAGCCCUCCUUUCAAUAGUGGAACCUGGUCAGUGUGUCAGGGAGGUACAGAAACAGGUGGUCAUUUGUAUCAUGUCUAACUGCUAUUUUCCCAGCCUCCACCUGCCCUAAUUCUUUCCCUUAUCUGUAACUCCCAGACGGUAGGACACGCCAUUUGGGGCUUACUUUAGAAAGACUUGCCUUUAUCUACCUUUAGAGUCUGAGCUCCGUAUCUCUUUUAUCUCAAUUUUUGUCUUUUCUUCUACAGAGAAGUAAGAUGAGGAAAGAGGACAAGGAAGAAAAGAGGAAAGGAAAAUACCAAGUUUCAGGCAAAGGAAAAUGGGGCUUUAUAUUCAGUCAGCUGCUAGAAAUCAAGUGUGUGCUCAGCGUGGAGCACAGUGAGAGGGAGACACAAAGAUCAGCAGAUAAGAUGUAAAAAAGUUAGCAGUGAAUGCCAUAUGUUAGAAUUAGAGACAGAUGUAGGCAAAGAUUAAAUAAGGAACUAUCUGGGGAGGAGGCAGACUUUGAACUGGGCCUGGAAGUACGCGGCAGUGCGGAGAGGAGGGUCUUCGGACAGGGCACACAGCGCAUGCGCAUACUCCAAGGAGCCUCGCACAACAGUUUAGUUUCUAAGAGGGGGAGCCUGUGCGUGCGUUCCUGUGUGUUCUCUGUUCUGUUACAUAGCUGAUGUUACAGCAGAGGAAGGAGAUUGCAUCUGAUUACUUAGGGCCACGAAAACCAAAUGUCUCCCCUCUCCCAAGUGGUUUAAACAAGGAGAUCUUCCCUCACAAAACAAGAAGUCCAGAGGUAGGAAAUCCCAUGCUUGCUUAAUUCAGUGAUGUGCAAUGGCCUCGCCAUCAGAUCCUUGCUCCGUGUUUUGGCUGGUUUCCCCAAUCAUGAUAUUGCUGCUAGAGUUGCAGGCGCCCCAUUCUUCUGUCCUGUUUUAAGAGCAAGGAAGAUUCCCUCUGAGUCUCACCAGCUAGAUUUUCAGCAGAACCUCCCUCUGGAACCUGUCGCUGGCAAGGAGAGUGGAAGUAAAAGCUCUGGAUUCCUAGUGAAGAUUCUACCCCGGGGGCUGAGAGGAUGGAUUUCAGGCUUCUGCGAAGCAUGUGGCCCUCCGUGUUGGAUCGUGUUGGAUCGCACUGGGGCUCUGGGAGAACGGUGUGUGGGCCGCUGGCAGCCUGUGCCUUAAGGAGGAUACACGAGCGUUAUCAACUGGCCCGGAAGACAAGCGGAGGUUGUUACGAUGGGACGUGAGCCAGGCUCUCAGAGGCUUUCAUUCUCACUCCUCCAGCUUGUCCCUGAAACAAAAACUUGUGCUACUAAAAACAGCGCGGUUUGAUAGCUCUCCGAUUAGGCCCUCGACGGAUACUGACUACGACCUCUCGCUAAACAGUGAGCAGUGCACCGGAAGCUGCAUGGACAUUGCAUACCUUGUAGAACAGUGUUGUGUAGAAUUCACAACUGUCGCUGCGUUUGUGUGUGUGUGUGUGUGUGUGUGUCUCUCUCUCUCUCUUUUUUUUUUUUCUAUAAUUUUCAGAGUCUGGACUUGUGCAUGUAGAAACUACCGAUCGUGAAUCAUGGGAUUACACCACCACCUAAGAUUUAACUAGGUAGUUCACGAUGUUAAAUCAUUUGAAGUGGGAAAAUAAAGGAAAUGAACUUC